AUGCCUUUGUCUCAAGAAGAAUCCACCCUCAUUGAAAGAGCAACGGCUACAAUCAACAGCAUCCCCAUCUCUGAAGACUACAGCGUGGCCAGCGCAGCUCUCUCUAGCGACGGCCGCAUCUUCACUGGCGUCAAUGUAUAUCAUUUUACUGGGGGACCUUGUGCAGAACUCGUGGUGCUGGGCACUGCUGCUGCUGCGGCAGCUGGCAACCUGACUUGUAUCGUCGCGAUCGGAAAUGAGAACAGGGGCAUCUUGAGCCCCUGCGGACGGUGUCGACAGGUGCUUCUCGAUCUGCAUCCUGGGAUCAAAGCCGUAGUGAAGGACAGUGAUGGACAGCCGACGGCAGUUGGGAUUCGUGAAUUGCUGCCCUCUGGUUAUAUGAACCGAGCAUGA